CCUCCUCCGCUCGCAGAGCUACUGUUUUUACCUCACAGCCAGGCUUGUUUCCUUUGUGUCUGUCUGCAAAGCGACUUUUCGCUCCGGCCUUUAAGCCRUUUAAAAGAAUCGUAGCAGAAAUGACUGUCUUGGCGAGGAUUUGAGUCGUUUUUUUCCCCGUCUUCUCUUUGAUGAGCCGACUGAAGUGAAACAACAUGAGAAGCAGGAGCAACUCUGGCGUUAAACUGGACAACUAUGCUCGGGUAGUGCAGCAAACUAUCCUGCAGCACCAGGACCCGGUGACGGGUCUUCUGCCGGGCAGCACGGAUCAGCCGGACGCCUGGGUCAGAGACAAUGUUUACAGCAUCGUGUCCGUGUGGGCCCUCAGUCUGGCCUACAGGAAGAACGCUGACCGAGACGAAGACAAGGCCAAGGCCUACGAGCUGGAGCAGAGUGUAGUGAAGCUGAUGAGAGGUGUCCUUCAGUGUAUAAUGAGGCAGCUAGAAAAGGUGGAAAAGUUUAAAUACAGCCGAAGUACCUCAGACUCGCUCCACGCCAAGUACAACACCAAGACGUGUGCCAUCGUUGUCGGAGACGACCAGUGGGGUCACCUGCAGGUCGACGCCACCUCUCUCUUCCUGCUCUUCCUCGCUCAGAUGACAGCGUCUGGUCUACAUAUCAUCUACACCCAAGAUGAAGUGGACGUAGUACAAAAUCUCAUGUUUUACAUUGAGGCAGCUUAUAAAGUAGCUGAUUAUGGGAUGUGGGAGAGAGGAGAUAAAACCAACCAGGGCAUCACUGAGCUCAACGCCAGCUCCAUUGGCAUGGCCAAGGCAGCUCUGGAGGCGCUGGAUGAACUCAACCUGUUUGGAGCAAAAGGAGGACCUGGAUCUGUGGUCCAUGCUCUAGCUGAUGACAUACAGCACUGUCAGUCCAUCCUGACGUCCAUGUUACCCAGAGCGUCUAUCUCUAAAGAGGUGGACGCCGGAGUCCUGGCCAUCCUCACCUACCCGGCCUUCGCUGUGGAGGACAUGAACAUCGUCAACAUGACCAAGGAGGAGAUCAUCUCCAAACUACAGGGUCGAUACGGCUGCUGCAGGUUUCUCAGAGAUGGACACAAAACUCCUAAAGAGGACCCAAAUCGGUUGUAUUAUGAGUCUGCAGAGCUGAAGCUGUUUGAGAAUAUCGAGUGUGAGUGGCCUCUCUUCUGGACCUACCUCAUAUUGGACGGAAUAUUCAGCAACAGUCAUGAACAGGUGCAGGAGUAUCAGGAGGCUCUGGAGGGGAUCCUGAUCAAACAGAAAGACGGGAUCAAGUUGCUGCCCAAGCUCUACAGCGUUCCCGCUGAAAAGGUGGAGGAGGAGUACAUGAACCCUCAUACUGUAAAGAGGAUCCCUAUGGGCAAAUGUCCCCUGAAAUGGGGACAGUCUCUGUACGUCCUCGGAAAACUCCUAACUGAGGGGUUUCUGGCCCCCGGAGAGAUCGACCCUCUUAACCGACGUUUCUCCACCAUCCCCAAACCUGACGUGGUGGUACAGGUGUCGAUUCUGGCUGAGACGGAGGAGAUUAAGGAGCUGCUGAUGAAGAACGGGAUAAAUGUGGAGACUGUGGCUGAUAUUCAUCCCAUCCACGUGCAGCCCUCCAGAGUCCUCGGCCACAUCUACGCCAGACUCGGUCGUAACCCGAGGCUCGGUCUGACGGGACGACCCUACAGGAGGAUAGGAGUGCUGGGAACCUCCAAGUUCUACAUCAUCAGGAACACCAUCUUUGUGUUCACACCUCAGUUCAUCGACCACCAGCAGUUCUACUUGGCRCUGGACAACAAGAUGAUCGUGGAGAUGCUGCGGACUGAGAUCGCCUACCUCUCAUCCAGAUGGAGGAUAACUGGACGACCGACCAUCACUUUCCCCAUUUCACAGAGCAUGCUGACUGAAGACCACUCGGACCUGGAUCCUGCUGUUUUGGCGACACUGAAGAAGUUACAGGAUGGAUAUUUUGGAGGAGCGAGGACCCAGACGGGGACGUUGUCGGAGUUUUUGACCACUUCUUGCUGCGCUCACCUCAGCUUCCUGGACUUUAAAGGCUCCCGCGGCAUGGGCCAGCACCKCGAAGAACAGGAUGAUGAUGGUUACGGUGCUGGAUACGUGCACGAGUUACGAUGUGACGAUGAGGCAGACGACCUUGCGCAAUACCUGGACCACCUAUUGGCCCACUCCGCCCCAAAGAAAACCAAGCCUCAGGUAGGAGGUCUGGGCAGGUUCAAGGCUGUGGCCACUAAAACCAAGGAGAUGGUUUCUCUAAUGAACAAGGCUCAGGAUCUCAACAUCCACAAUGUCAAUAUGUACCUACCGAGCAAGCUGUUUCGCUCUCGUCAGCCAUCGCUCAACCUGAAUCUCCCAGAAACCUCCUCACCACAAGAAACUCAGAGCUCGGAGGUGUCGAUCACGGUGGAGUGCGGCAUCCCCAAGGACGCCAGCGGAGCCGUCGAUUACAGCGCUUUGGUCCAACUGCUGCGAGACACCAAAAACCUUCAGGACCAGGCUGAUAUACUUUACAUCCUUUUCAAAGACAAGGGUAUGGAGUGGGACACGCAGCUGCACGGUAAAGGUUGCUCAGUCGGCUCCUUACUGGCUGAUCUUUACGAGAAGGCGGGUGAUCUCAAACAGUGGGGGCUGAUCAGGAUGAUCUCUGGCAUGCUGAAGAAGAAGGUGGAGGAGCUCGACUCGGCCUGCUCCGAUUUGCUGGCGCACCAGAAGCACCUGACCGUGGGUCUUCCUCCAGAACCGCGGGAGAAAACCAUCACGGCWCCGAUCCCUCCGGACCAGCUGUCUGCUCUCAUCGACGAGGCCAGUGACAACAACAUCUGCGUGGCCAUCCUCACUCAGGAAAUCAUGGUGUACCUGGCGAUGAGCAUCAGGACUCAGCCCAGCCUGUUCAGCGAGAUGUUCAGACUCCGGAUCGGUCUCAUCAUCCAGGUCAUGGCCACCGAACUGGCCCAGUCCCUCAACUGUUCAGGAGAGGAGGCCACAGAGAGUUUGAUGAGCCUCAGCCCGUCCGAACUGAAGAAUCUGCUCCACCACAUCCUGAGUGGGAAGGAGUUUGGAGUGCAGCGCAGUGUGAGGGAGGGGGACACCGGCGUCAGUCCCGCCAUCUCCAUCCAUCACCUGGGCAACGCCGGCGCCACCAAGAGCGAGCGAGCUGGCAUCAGCAAGCUGAAGAGCGACAUGAAGAUGCUGGAGCGCAGGCUGUCUUUGAUGGAUCCGAGUAAGGAGCUUGACCAGUCUCUGACACCAACUUAUAAGGGGGUGCGAGCACAGUCACUGGACGUAGAAAGCUUCGAUCCUGGGAGGUACAGACUCUCCACUGCAGAAUCCAUCGAUCUUCCUGACAGCUUCCCGAUUUCCAAAGACACGCGACACGGCCAGUGGCUGCGCAGGAGGCGAUUGGACGGAGCGCUGAACCGCGUGCCGGUCGGUUUCUACCAAAAAGUGUGGAAGAUCCUGCAGAAGUGUCAUGGUUUGUCUAUUGAGGGGUUUGUUCUUCCAUCUUCAACCACCAGAGAGAUGACCCCCGGGGAGAUAAAGUUCUCGGUCCACGUGGAGACCGUUUUGAACCGGGUCCCUCAGCCUGAGUACCGACAGCUGCUGGUGGAGGCCAUCCUGGUCCUCACCAUGCUGGCAGAUGUGGACAUCCCCAGCAUCGGCUCCAUCAUUCACGUGGAGAAGAUCGUCCAGCAGGCCAACGACAUGUUCUACAAAGACCAGAAGGACCUGGGAGCAGAAGAGCACAUCCUGGAGAAGGACCCGUCCACAGGCGUGUGCAGGCUGCUGUACGACAGCGCCCCCAGCGGGCGCUUUGGGAGCAUGACCUACCUCACCAAGGCCGUGGCGGUGUACGCGCAGGACUUCCUGCCCAGCGGGGCGUGCGCCGUGCAGUGAGAAGCCACGGGGCGCAGAAAAUAAUCGGACGUGUCUCAGCAAAAUAAAWCAGCAGAGGAAAAUGUUACGGCUGCUUCACAUGUUUACUGUGUUUGUGCUGAGUGUUGUUGACCACUUAGACUGUGUGAGAACAGCUUUAACCCACUGACGUGUGUGUGUGUGCUUGCAUGUGUGUGUGUAACUUUACAUUUUAACAGAGCAUUUAGGAGUUGAGCCAUGCACAAACCUCCGAGACCUCAUCUCUAAGGCAACCUCCUCUAAGCUGCAAACUGUAGCUGCGUUUUUCUCUCUAAGGAUGCUGAUUUCCUGUAGCUUCUUCUCCGUACAAACAAACAAAAAAGAUGUAAUUUACUCGAACACAAAGCGCUCUGCAACUAUUUCUCUAUAAUACCAGUUACUUUAAGCUUAAAGUUCAGAUAUUUGAAGGUGGGCUUCAAUGGAAUGAUUCGAACAAACAAAUAUCUUACCUGUUCUAGAUAGAUCUGCAAACAACCUCACUUUGGAGGAGUGGUGUACCAUCCAACUAUUAGUGAUGCUAAAGUGUUUGAAUGCUUAAAGAAAUAGACAAAAAUUWAUUAUCAGCUUUAAAAAAAACUAAMAGUACUUAGUUUGAUUAGCUUAGCACAAUUCUGACAAUUUAUCGACUGGCAAAAUUUCGUUAUUGUGUUGGGCCUAAUGGCUAGUCCGAAUGAAGCUAGGACCGAAGUGAGUUGCUACACCACUGAAACAAAGUCCAGUUUUGAUUURUGUGGUUAUUUAUAGAGAAUUCUAUAAUUAUUUUCACAUGCUAAUCAUGACAGUAGCAUCUAGCUGUAACACUUUUUGUGCAAUUUGGACCACUUCUUGCUCAUCAUAGUAUUUCUCCUGGAACUGUUGUGAAACAGACUAUAGUCUGUAGAACUUCAUUUGGAUAAACUAUAAAAUUUUGGGAGAAAAAAAAAUGCCCAAUCUGUCGAACUUAAACUCURUUAUUAAGUAAGAUAUUUGUUCAGAACCUUUCUGCAGAACCCCACUUCAAAAUUUUUUUACUGUAUUUUUUUGUUUGUUUUACCCUCCUUAAAACAAUGAAAGCAUUUAGCUGCCACCCCAUUAAAAAAAUCAAAAUCAAAUUGAAACAUUACAUUAAAAGUUUUAGUUCAAUAUAUUUUUCAUGUAGCAUGUUUUCACAAUACAACUUGGUGUAUUCAAUCAUAUUUCUUAUGUUUAAACAAUGUUGGCACAUAAACAAAAUUGUCGCAAUAAGAUUUUUUUUUUUAUCUUACUACGUAAGUACGUAUAUUAUACCACGUGCAUUGUUAUUUUAAUGCGAAAAAAAAUUGUAAAGACAAGAAGAUAAUGUUGCAAAGAGAAAAGAUUGUUUAAACUAUAAACCCUAAAUGUUCUUAGAUGGUACAGGUUUAUUUUAUUUUUGCUGUGGUGGCAUUAAUUUGCUUCCAUAGUUCGCAUAAUUUUGACUAAAUGAAUGUAACCGGUUGUCAUGAUCUGACAAAGCAAGACUUUGCACCAACUAACAGCACGUAAAACCACUAAUUUAUUCCAAAUMCUCUAUCCUCAGUUAAUAAUUCUUUAUAUUCUAUUUCAGUCUUUACAAGAUGUUGAACUAAUUCUAAUUUACUACCACACAGCACAGUAGUAAAUCACCCUCUAYGCCUUCAGUUUACCACGAUGUGGCCUACAAUGUACAAUGUAAAAUCUAAUCAACAUGUAUCUUGUAUUUAUUUUUCUAGCUUUUAGAUGAAAGCUAUGGGAGCAGGAGAGCUGACGUGCCAGAAAUGUCUUAAAGAGGCUGCGAUUUAAAGAUUGUUUCAAAUGACUUAACUGCUCUUAAAUACUGUAAUGCUUUUUUAUAGUCAGUAGGAGCAAACUUUAAAUUGUGGGAUUUAAAAAAAAWCAUUUGUGACUAACCAGUAUUGGAAUGUAACAAUGUAAAUGUAGAAUUAAAAUAAGAGGAUCAGUGAAAUCAUGGUUGUUUAAGCUGAUAAAAUGCUGAGAAAUGAAUAAACUGAAUAUAAGAGAACAUGGCUGAUCAUCAUGUUUAAAUGUAYAACAAUAAGCUGACACAACUUAUUAUUUAAACCAAUUCCAUGUGAACUACAAACAUGGCUGAAUAGGUGUUGCUGUCCUCUGAACAAGCUGGUUGUUGCUGUUUUGGAAAGUGGUUCUAUAAUAAAAUGAUCAAAAUUG